UUUGACUAACCCUGUUAAUUCGCCCCAGGCGAGAUCAACUUCCUUGCUUGCGAUCGAGCCGCAAGGCAGCCUUAAACCCAUCCUGGUCGAAUGAGGUGCCUCCAAUUCGCCCUAGUGAACUAGUGGGACUUUGCCAUUACGGAGAAGUCUCACCAACGGCUGACUUGGAGGUGUGGCGUAUCGUCUGAACAGCUGAACCCAUCUGCACCUGAAUCUUCCAUUUGCAUUCUUGGGAACUGGACUAGGAGGGUCCCCUCCCCUAUGGGCCCCAAAUCAUCACACAUGGGUGUUACAGGUAAGCUAUGGUUGGGGUCUGUAAGCGUGGCCCUCCAUUGGGAGUUCCUUAUAUGUAUCAGCUACAAAAUGCCAGUCAAGCUAUUUAUUAUAUCAUGCCUUCUUCCUCCCCCGGUUUACUCUUCUUCAUCACCAUCUGGUCUGUGCAUAUCUAGGUCUCGGUUGAUCCCAAGUUCGUGGAUGCCACUACCGUAUAUCGCCUUAUACUUUCCAUCCACCAUCAAAGUCAUUUUACGACCCUUCAUUUCUUCCCUUCGCUUUUUCCCAAAUUCCACUUUCAGAUCGAAGUCUCGACCUUCCUGUCCAAACCCGGAUUCUCAUCUAUAACGACUGCCCCAAGUCUGUUUACCGUCAGACUGGAGUUUAUACAACUGUUACCAACAGACACUUCGCAAUUUGUUCAGUA